AUGCCACCCCUACGCUCCAACCUAACGACGCUCAAGACACAGAAAUACCUCAACACCCUCAAUGAGACUAUAACCAACUAUACCACCAUUAUGGUUCGCGACCUAGACGAUCAAGACUCCACAUAUGCUUGGGCUACCAGCUGGGAGACAGUCAGGUUCCACUGCUAG